CCGGAACAGUCACGUGACCGCUCGUCGUAGUUCAAGAUGGAGACUGAGCUUCACUGUUAGCUAGUUCACAAUAAUUAUCAUAAUAUGGCAAAUACGACGGAUUAAUGGACGUUUUAACGCUAAUAGCAAGAGUAGUAAUUUAACAUGAGAUACGUAUUUGGCCGCUUUCGACCACGAUGAAGUGAAGUUGUUUAUAAACACACAACACCUGAAGAUUAUUCAAGAUUUAAAAGGUAAAGCAGAAGAGAAAACUGCCAAUGGUCAUCAUCACAAACUCAUUUUGAGUGAGAGGAGAUCGAUAUGGCGCUGAGAGAGUUAAAAGUGUGUCUCCUGGGGGACACUGGCGUUGGAAAGUCGAGUAUUGUUUGGAGAUUUGUGGAGGACAGCUUUGAUCCAAACAUCAACCCAACAAUUGGGGCAUCCUUCAUGACCAAGACGGUGCAAUACCAAAACGAGCUGCACAAGUUCCUGAUCUGGGACACGGCAGGACAGGAGAGGUUUCGUGCUUUGGCACCGAUGUACUACAGAGGGUCAGCGGCGGCCAUCAUUGUUUAUGACAUCACAAAAGAGGACUCCUUCCAAACACUGAAGAACUGGGUGAAGGAGCUGCGCCAGCAUGGUCCUCCUAAUAUAGUGGUCGCCAUCGCUGGCAACAAAUGUGACCUGACAGACGCCAGGGAAGUGCCAGAGAAGGAUGCCAAGGACUACGCCGACUCCAUCCAUGCCAUCUUUGUAGAAACCAGUGCCAAGAAUGCCAUUAACAUCAACGAGGUGUUUAUAGAGAUAAGUAAGCGCAUCCCCAUUGCCGACGCAGCGGGAGGAACUUCAGGAAAAGCUUUUAAACUGGGACGUCAGGCCUCAGAGUCUCGCAGGACGUGCUGCUGAUGAUGCCGGUGACUGUCCCCACAUGACCUGUGACCUGACCUUUGUUCACCCUCUCUGUCCCCGGCCACCACACCCUCUAACAUCCUGCCUUCUCUGAUACUAAGGUGGAGCAGUGCCACUCUGAUGACAAUAGCAAAUGCAUUUUUGCGGAACUCUACAAAAAUAAAAAUCGUAUACCGUCUGAAAAUUGCUGGCAGGUGAAAUAUUUCAAGUUUACUGAGCAGGGACAAAACAAUGCCUGCAUUAAAACAUUGAUGUGUAAGUAAAAGAUCCACAUAUAUAACUUCUAUUAUGGACAUCAACCUGUUUCGUGUUUUAUAGCCCCAAGUGGAUCAGAGGAACUUAACACCUACAGUUUCAUGAAUUCAGAAAUCAUUUGUAAAUUUGUAAAAAAUCUACUAUUCAACCAAAAACUGGACUGAAAAUCUCCAAACAUUCUUAACUUUGUGAAGGAUCGAUCCGUCUAUACAGUUAAUGUGUGUAAUCACUAAUUUAUCAUAGGAGUUUGAUGAAAACACCAGUGUUUGUACCGAUCGUUACUCAGUUAUGGCUUGUUAAACGGAUAUUUAGAUAGGUCUUGGUGAUUUACGCACGCUAAAUUUAAGUUUGAUGUGAGAUUGCUGUUUUCAUCAAGAUGUUUUUCGUAGCAUAAUGCCAAGUGGGUGUUUUGAUGUGAAUUGCGAUCACACAGUAAGAAAUGUGGAAAUGAAAGGUGUGUGGGAGCCUACUUCCUUUAUAUAAAAGGAAUAGUGUGACAUUUUGGGAAAUGAGCUUUUUUAUGUUCUAGCCUAGUGUGAGAACAUUGAAACCUUUCUCACGUCCGCACGGUAAAUACGAAGCUGGAGCCAGCAGCCAGUUAGCUUUGCUGAGCAUAAAGACCUGAAACAGGGGGAAACAGCUAGCAUGGCUCUUUCGAAAGGUAGAAAGAUCUGCCUGCCAGCAUGUCUAAAGCACACAAAUUCACUAGUUAUAUCUGACAGAGCCAGGUGUUAACCGUCCUGCCUGGUAUCGUUCUGCUCAUCUCCCUGACAGAAAGAGAACAGGCGUUGCAUAUUCCCCAAAACUAUUCCUUUGAUUGUGAACGCCUUUGACUUGUAAGUAUAUUUUCAUCGUCACUUACGCCCCUGAGAAUGAUAACAAAUUGAAAAUCUCAUCUCUUUGAUGAGAACAACUGUGCAGUCCACGUCUCCCAGUGCUGGAGCUUUAAUCAGGGUUGAAAAAUGCUGACUCUGUUCGGUCCUUAAGUUUAUUAUUAUAUGAUAACAGUUCCAGCUGCUCCCAUGUGCUACACAUUUCCACUUGUAAUUACUGAAAAGGUAUUAUCCAAAUCCUGUAUAUGAAGUUUCCUGUAGCACACACAGUGUAGGUGUUUCACAGUAUUACUUUAGCUUUAUUUUAAUGGGCGAGCCUGCUUGUCCUCAAUCCUUUGCUGCUACUUCACAACAGUUUUACAGAUUUCUAUGAGGUCUUGCCAAAUUCUGUAAUUGUCCCAUAAACAUUUUUCUUUUUUUUUGCACAUAAUCAGCAGUGGCUCACGCAUGCAAUGUUGUUUUACUACCUGGCCUGCGAUGAAAACAUCGAGCUCUGGGAAAUAGACCUCAUUCAGAGGAAACUCUGAUUUUUGAGCUUAAAUCUCCCCUCAGCAGAAGGUUGUAGGUGCAGAAUCAGACGUGGCGCCGUGUCGACAUGCUGACCCCUUAAUGAACCUUACUCUCCAUGCUGCUCUGAAUUACUGUAUGUGCUUUGUUCCAAGGGCUGCCUUCUGAUUUACAUUUCUCCCAACUUCUUUUGCCUCGUUCCUCUAAAUUCCAGGCACAUAUUGUAGGUCCUGCUUUCGUUUAGUUUCAAACAGAUGUUGUACGCUACACAACAGCUUUCACAGAGCUUCAUCAUCCCCUCUUACAUUCAUUACUACUUUCUGAUCCUUAAUGAUUGGUUACAGUACUUUCAUUGACCUCCUGUAUUGGCCUAAUUGAACUUCAGGUUGACUCAUGAGCCCCCACAGACUUAUUAAUGUAAUGUCUGUAACUUUUAAACCCUUUUAACCCCAAAACCUCUUUUCAAAGUUGCCCAAAGAAAUAGAGAUUUGGACUUAAUUAGGCUGCUUUUCCACAUUUCUAAAUUUGGAUUGUGUGCUUUUCUGUCAGCGCAAGCCACUUCAUUUGCCUUUUAAGCAUGUUACCUGCGGUUGUUAUUGAUGAGUUGUGUCCUAAACAGUGCAAUAGUUGUUAUUAUGACAAAGGUAAAAAUGUGACCUACCGGUAAUCCAAGAAAUCUUUUAGUGUUCACACAGCAGAGCAGACACUCAUGCAAAGAAAUGUGAGCUCAUUCCGGCAGUGUCCAACAGAUGAUAGUGAUGGUUUGUAUUGACAUCAUUUUAUGCUGAUUUGCAGUUUUGCUCAGACAUAGUUGAUCAAAUGAGCAGCGUGAUGGUUGAAAACCAGAGUAGCAUUCUAGGUCAAAACUUCAACUUAAAGGGAAUAACUUUGAAAGCUGCACUUUGACGGACUUUGUGUAUUAAUUGGCCCGUAUUACUAACUCUCACUGUGUUUUUACGUGUGUGAAAUCACUUGAUGAAACAUUCUUGUAACAGUGUCCGACUUCUUAACGCCCCUCGAUGUCAUUUUAGGUUUUGACUGUUUGCUCAGUUCUUAUUGCUACGAAGAACGUGGUGCCAAAUAAUGUCAAUGCCAUUUUACUACACCAUGCAUAAUUAACCUUUUUUUAUUGUCAAUGUAAUAUAAUGGUUUAAAGUGCUUAUCUCAUAAAUGCUCACAAAUGUUUGAAGUUUGAUAAUGACACAUGUUUUUCCCCAUAUUUGGAAACAGGAUGCAUGUGAAGGAAUUGUGUGCCAGUUUUGCAUUGAAAAAUACCAAUAGUCUUGGGCUGGCCCUGGGAAUGUGAUUAAUCUAUGUUAUGUAUAUUUUUCAGUGUAGAUAAAUACCAUCAAAUUGCACAUAAAUCAAUGACUAUAUUCUAUUUUAAGCCACUUGUGUGACCACAAUAGACUUUGUUUGCAGUAAUUCUAUCAGCAUUGUAGUUACCAUAUUUAGCUUUUUACUAUGUUUCAUAUUGAUUGUAACAAAAUGCCUGAAAACACUUGUCUGCAGUGUAUUUCCAAAUGUGUAAAAAGGGAAUUGUCAAUUUGUUUACUAAUAAAAGAUUGACAAAAAAUGUA